UUCUUCCUACUUUGCAAAUUGCACGAAACAAAAGUUUGACCGCUGAAGAGGGAGAUGUGCUAUUCCUGAACUGUACUGCGACUGGGUGUCCAACUCCUAAUAUCACAUGGACAAAAGUAGGGAACUCAAAUGCUCUAGCAACGAACAAAGGAAUUCGAAAUGUUCUUGUUUAUCAUUUUGACAGAUUAACAAAGCAAAACACAGGUUUCUACCAAUGUGAAGUCAAUAAUGGGGUAGGAAGUGCAAUAAAAGAAGCCGUUCAUGUUAACGUCAUCUACACACCCUAUCAGACAAACCUUACCAGCAGUGUGAGCACCGCCUGCAUCAACMACUCGGUGACUCUUGAAUGUACAKCAAAUGCGCAACCACCAGCAMAUGAAUAUCGCUUCUACUUGAAUGAUCAGCUUGURCAUACCAGCAUGUCUGGAGUCUAUCAGUUKAAUGUUCCACAAGUAGGCGUUUAUAAAUAUACAUGCGAAUCGGCAAAUACUAUUAGAAAAGGAAACAAUGCAUCAGUGUCUAUUAACAUCAAAGGUUCUAGUUACACCUUCACAAGUAUUGUACGUGGAGACGAGGCUACGUACCAAUGUACAGCACACAAUGGAAAUGAGUGUCCUGCAGCAACUGCSCGAUCAUCCAUCACUGUCACGUUUGGUUUACAGCUUGUUUAA